AUAUUCAUUCACUUAUAAAUAGACAACACAAGUAGUGAAAUAAAGGACCAUAGAUAGAGACUCAUGAGAGGGAUAUGUCUUUGAAUUAUCUCACAAUUAUUCUCUCUUUUCUCUUCUCAACCUUUUCCUCCUCUUCUUCUUCUUUCAACCUUUGAAAAAAUUUCAAAAGAAAAAAAAAGUAUUCCAUUUUAUUUUAUAUAUAUAUACUUUUCUUUCAUCGUUAGAAUUAUGGAGUUUUGGUUGAUGAUGAUGGUGACUAUUAUUUGUGUGAUAUUUGGGUUCAUGAAAUGGUUACUUUUAAGUGUAAAUGUUUGGUACUAUGAAAAAGUGAAGUUGAGUGGUGACAAGAAGUUGAGGUUGUCAUUGCCACCCGGUGAUUUAGGGUGGCCUUUCAUUGGUACUAUGUGGUCCUUCCUCAGAGCUUUCAAAUCCAACAAUCCUGAUUCAUUCAUCUCUUCCUUUGUUUCCAGAUUCGGACGAACAGGAAUAUACAAGGCAUUCAUGUUUGGAAGUCCAUGUGUGAUUAUUACAACACCAGAAGCUUGCAGGAAGGUUUUAAAUGAUGAUGAAGCCUUCAAGCCUGGCUGGCCUACUUCUACUAUGGAACUCAUUGGUAAAAAAUCAUUUAUUGGUAUUUCAUAUGAAGAACACAAAUGGUUAAGGAAACUAACUGCAGCACCUGUGAAUGGUCACGAGGCGUUGUCGAUGUACAUUCAGUAUAUCGAAGAACGAGUGAUAUCAGCAUUGGAUAAAUGGUCAUCCAUGGGAGAAAUUGAGUUCUUAACACACCUGAGAAAGCUAACUUUUCAGAUUAUUAUGUACAUUUUCCUUAGUACUGAAAGUGAACAAGUCAUGGAUGCUUUAGAAAAGGAAUACACAAUUUUGAAUUAUGGUGUUAGAGCUAUGGCUGUCAACUUGCCAGGAUUUGCUUAUCAUAAAGCACUCAAGGCGCGUAAAAAGCUUGUGGCAAUCUUUCAAUCGAUCGUGGAUGAUAGGAGGGCGAGGAGGGAAAAAAGAGGGCCAGAAGACAAGAAAGACAUGAUGGAUAUUCUACUUGAAGUUCAAGAUGAGAAUGGAAGGAAAUUGAAUGAUGAAGAGAUUAUUGAUGUGUUGGUAAUGUAUCUUAAUGCUGGUCAUGAAUCUUCAGGUCAUAUAACUAUGUGGGUUACGUAUUUUCUGCAGAAACAUCCUGAGUUCUUCAAAAAAGCUAAGGCAGAGCAAGAUGCUAUUGUGAAAAAUAGGCCAUCUGACCAAAAGGGCUUGACACUCAAAGAAAUCAGGAAUAUGGACUACCUCUCAAAGGUGAUCGAUGAAACACUUCGUUUGAUUACCUUCUCCUUUGUGGUCUUCCGUGAGGCAAAAGAAGAUGUUGCUAUUCAUGGCUAUACCAUACCCAAAGGAUGGAAAGUUUUGGUGUGGUUUAGGAGUGUUCAUUUGGAUCCUGAAAUAUAUAAGGAUCCACUGGAGUUUAACCCUUCUAGAUGGGAUGAACUUACACCAAAGGUAGGAACAUUCCUUCCUUUUGGAGGAGGAGGCAGACUUUGCCCCGGAAAUGACCUUGCUAAGCUUGAAAUCUCUAUUUUUCUCCAUUAUUUUCUGUUGGAUUAUGAGCUUGAAAGGAAAAAUCCGUCUUGCCCAGUGAUGUAUUUGCCUCAUUGUAGGCCUAAGGACAACUGCUUGGGAAGAGUGAAAAGAGUAUCAUCAACUACUUGUGCUGCUUAGAACAAAAAAUAAGAAGAAGGCCACAUCUCUCUGCAUCUAUGUGAUUUCUUUGUUGCUGGAUAUGGAAAAAUUGCAAGAGCAAGGCAAUUUGCUUGGGAAUAGUUAGGAACAGAAAAUCAUUAUUUCUUGCUCAAUAGAAUUAUGUGUACAUUUUAACAAGAAGAUCAUUAUGGUCUUCUAUUUUGUUAAGAAUGAAUAAAUGCAGAAAAAGAGAUAGUUGGUUAUAUUUGCUCGUGUUGAA